AUGGAACCGACGUUUCGGGUCCUUUUCUCGAAUGGUUCGGGUUUCGCAAUUACCCGACCCGACGCGAUACCCCGAUGUGAUGGCACAGGUCAUGGUAUCUACGGUAGAUAUGAACCAGAGAAGGUCAUCUCACUCACCAUGGCUACUAUCGAUAAAAACACCUCCAUCGCUCCGAUGAGCACAGCAUUCACUUCCGGGAACCAAAUAUCCGUCGAAAACUGGCUCGUUCCAACCAUCUUCUUCUUAAUCACCCUCAUUGGGGUCGUGGGCAACUUCCUCGUCAUCUACGUCAUCAUACGUCAUGGUCAGAUGAAGACGGUGACGAAUUACUACAUCGUCAAUCUCGCGAUCACCGAUGUAUCUUUUUUGCUCUGCUGUGCACCGUUCACGGCCAUUGUGUACGCUAUCCCGACGUGGGUUUUCGGGAGGUUUAUGUGCAAAUUCGUAUUCUUUAUGAUGCAGGUCACUGCCCAAGCAACUUGCCUAACAUUGACUGCAAUGAGUGUUGAUCGAUACCGAGCGAUAGUGCGUCCCUUGCAAUCGUUGAAGACCAGAACAACUCGAGCUGCUGUAAUCAUCAACGUCUGUAUAUGGGCAGGUUCCGUGUGUGCAGCCGUGCCUACCGCUAUCUAUUUUGACGUGACAAAGUUUGGUGACACCCUUGUUUGUAUCGACAUGUGGCCCCGCCCGGAGAUCUUCUACCCCGGAUACGCCAUCUACGGCAUGGUCGCUCUCUACGUCGUGCCUCUCAUCAUCAUAUGCGUCUGCUACAGCAUCAUGCUGAGGAAACUAUGGCAACGCGUCUCGCCUGGCGAGCAGACUAACAACGCUCAGGCGGUGAUGGCGCUGCAGCAGAAACGCAAGAUAACCCGGAUGAUCAUGGUGGUCGUGUUACUCUUCGCGCUCUGCUGGCUACCCCUGUACAUCUUCACCACGUGGUUUCGAUUAGACCGGACUUUCCCGAAGAACAAUGCAACGUAUUUCUUCAAGGUGUUCGCCCAUACGCUUUCCUACGCCAAUUCCUGCGUGAAUCCCUUUGUCUACGCUUUCAUGGGAGAGAACUUCCGGCGGUAUUUCAAGAAGGCGUUCCCGCUCUGCUUCAAGAAGAAGGAAGGGAGCGGAAACUCAACGCGAGCUGAGCCGGUUCCAACGGUGCAGCAAAGAGCAGCAGAUGGGGAAAGGACUCAAAAUACUAGAUCUGUUAUAGUAAGAUAACAGUUCAACAUAACGUCGUGAAGACUGCAUGUAGGCCCUAUUUACGAUCAAGAAAUUCUUUUGAUAUGUCCUGGGCAUUUUGACCGAUAUUUUAAAACUAGUAGUCAAGAUGUUGAAAAUGCCAUUCUCAGAAAAGUGGGUCCUUGUGCACGUGUAAAGCAAUUCCUUGUUGAUGAGCGUGACAAAUUAUUAUUCUAAAUGCACUGAAAUAUGGCGAU